CCCCUUCCCUUUCUGUACCGGAGGAAAGCCAAAGCUGGCUGCUGCGGUCUGCUGCUGCUCGAUUUUGUAUUUUGUGUUUUAUCUACACUGUCAGCUGUUGCUUCAUUCGGUUUUAUGCAGAUAACACUACGGUCGCGACAUUCUAAGCAUUUGUAAUUCCCUAGUUUGCAUGCCCAUCUUUUUCCGGUAAAAAUGUCUUCAUAUUGCACCACAUACUCAGUUGACACUGAACCUGCUUGGUUUUGUUGCUAACGAAGGAUUCUCGGACAAAAAUCAUGGCUUGUUAAACUUCAAUAGGUGGCCCUUUCUCGGGUGGGCCAAUCUGUUGAUAUAAUUUCAAAUUUUGUACCUGAUUAGAUAUUUAAUUACUUUAGAUAUUACUUUCUUUCUAUUUUUAUUUUACCUCUUAUAACAUUUUAAAAUGACUGGCAAAGACUUCCUGGGAGACUGCACUGAAAAUUGCAUGAGCCUUAAACAUGGAGAUGCUUUUGGUGCUGCAUUGACUUGGAGGGAACCAACCGACAGAGAGCUGGCAUCAGCUCUCACAUUAUUGUGUGGAAAUGUGGGAUCUAUAGCUGACAGUUUGGGGCGAACCAUCUUGCACAUGGCUGCAUCGCUUGGCAGGAGAGAAUUAGUGCAGUGGCUCAUUCAAAGAUGUGAUGCAAACUUAAAUGCUCAAGACCAUGAAUCAGGAUACACGCCUCUUCAUCGAAGUAUCUUUUAUGGUCAGAUUAAUGUUGCUGUUAUCCUUCUGCAGUUGGGUGCAGAUGUUAGCAUUAGAGAUAACAAUGGUUUAACUUCAAUUGAGCUGGCUAUGAAAGACCGUAUACCAGAUGUCAAGUUCUCUAUAGAUCUCCCAUGUGAAUUAUAUGUGUGGGGGACCAAUACUAACUUCAACUUAGGAACUGAAAAUAUGCAAGGAAGACAGCAACCCGAAGUUUUGGAUUUUUUCCGCAAACUGAACAAACCAGUAUCGAUUGUGCAGGUGCACAUGGAAAAAUUUCACACAGUUAUGGUAUCAGCCUGCGGGCGGGUGUGGACUUGUGGACACGGUCAGGGAGGUCGUUUAGGACUUGGUUCUGAAAGGACAGUUUUGGCCCCAAUGCCUGUGCAGUUGGGAUCAAUAACCAAAAGCCCUUCCCAGAAUCCCAAAUCUACACCUGGGCAACCUGAAGGGUGUGUAUCUGCUGCAGUCGGCAGGGACCACACCAUACUUCUAAUGGAGAGCUACACAAUUCUUGUGUUUGGAUUAAAUACUCACCAUGUUUUGGGUCUAAGUCCACCUCCUGACAAUGUUUUGGAGCCUCACAGACUGCCUAUGCGGUACUUAGAAGAUCUAAAGGAUACACCUCUAGGAGUGUGUGCUGGUCGCUUUCAUUCUGUAAUUUGGAGCAGAAAGGAAAUUUUGACAUUUGGUUUGAAUGCUGGCCAGCUGGGGCAUCCUAACAGUUUAGAAAAGACAGUUAUUCUUCCCAAAUCUGUAAAUGCCUUGUUUUAUAAAGAUGUGGACAUUACCCACGUUGCUGCUAGUGAUGGAGCAACUGUAGUUGCCACUGGCAGUCGUCAUAUCUGGGUCCUUCAUGAAUAUCAGAAAACAAGAUUACCGAUGCGGUACCCAAUAGCUAUAGAAAAAGUAGCUGUUGUUGGUGGACAUCUUGAUUCAGGAAUAGAUCCCAGUAGUUUAGCAGAAAAAGGAGAGCCCUUAAAGGUGGCAGCCAUUUCAAAAGAAGGAUCAGUAUUUUUGUGGCAAGAGAAAGAUCUUCAAAUGACCAGGUGUAUUCUUUCAUCAAGUCGUCAACUUAAAAUAAUAGAUAUUGAGUUAAAUCUAAGUAAAUCUGCCUUACUCUUAAUAAGUAGUGAUGGGGAAGCAUACUCUGGAGAAGUUAAACCCUGUAAAUUUAAAGCAACAGAAUUGAAGUCCUCCAAAGCGAGAAAGAGUGUGGCAAACACUGAUGGAGAACACCAUGUGGUUUACAAACAAACAGAAAAAAGUAAAACAAGUAUAAAAGUAUUUCUUGACCCAGAUGUUUGUUACCCAGUUUCCCUAAAUCGGUUGCCAAAUGCUCACAGGUCUUUAAGAGUCACAUCUGACCCUAAAGGAAGAAACUUUGCUCUUAUUCAGGCUCAUCCAUCUGUAUUUCUGAGUAAUGUGCCGGAGCUACCUCCGGCACAGCAUGGCUUGAGACAGGAUAUGUUAGCUUUACUUAAUGAGACUAACGAAUGGGACAAUUUACAUGACAUUGUAUUUGAGGUUGAACAUCGCCGCUUUGCUGCACAUCAAUUUGUGGUAUCAAAACAUAGCAACGUCCUUUUGAAAAUGAUCCGUGAAGGCAAAAAUUCCAUUGCCAAUGGAAGCGUUCCGGUGGUUAAAAUAUCAGAUGCAUCUGCAGAUGUAUUUGAACAGAUACUACUCUUUAUGUAUUUUGGGCAAUGUGCCUUCACGCACCCAAAAGACACUUGCUGUGUUAACACUCAUGCCCAUUUCGAAAAGGAAAUACCUUCUCCUUCAAAGAAAAAGAUGACCCCUCAAAAAUCCAAGAGUGGUGAGAAAAUUAAAAGCAGCACUUUUAUUGAAGAAGAAGAUUGUACGACCAAUCCUUUAACUCAAGCAAGAACAAUUGGAAAAAAGUUAGGACUAACAAAAUUUGUUGCCCUUCUGAAUAACUUAAAGUAUCAUGAUGGAAAAAUAGUAUGGGUUUCUGAUUCAAAACUACUAAAGGCAUCAAAAAUAGAAACCAUAGAAAUGGAUUGGAAUGAGACAUCAGAGUUUUGUGAUGCCAGCAUUCUCUCCAAAGAUGGAGUGACUUUUAAUGUACAUAAAUGCAUACUGGCAGCAAGAUCAGAGUAUUUUCACAAUAUGUUGGCUGGGGGAUGGAUUGAGAGCAAAGAAACUAGAAACCUCCAAUUACCUCUGGAUCAGUCCGUUUUAUCAAUACUGUUGGACUAUAUUUAUAAGGAUGUGACACCCAGUUUGGAUAGAAUCAAUGCUGCUGAUUUUGAACUUGCUAUGAAUGCAUUAAUUGCUGCUGAUGGUCUUCUGAUAAAUCCAUUCAAGACUCGUUGUGAAGCUGCUUUGGCCUCAAUGCUGACUCUAAGAAAUGUGGCAGUUGUUCUUGAGUUAGCCUACACUUACAAUGCACCAGAACUUCGUGACUGCUGUUAUCAAUUUGUGUGCCUUAAUCUGCCUUCCCUUCUGGAAUCAGGAAAUCUGUAUGGACUAUCACCUUUGUUAUUAGAUGGCUUACGAGAUUACUACUUUACUAUUCAUCCUAAGAUGCAAUGUCGGGUUAUCACCCCUUAUUCUUAUGCCCCUACAAUAGAUUUUAUCAAAGAAAUUUCGUCUUCAAAUCUUAUUGUUUGGGAGGACGAUUUGAAUUUUGAAUCCCCUGAUAAAAUGGAAACUCAAAAGAAAAUGAAAAAUUUGUCAAAGAGGAAGGCACGUUUUAGACGUUCUAGUGAAAAUUGCAGGGCCCGCCAACAUGCAGAUUCAGUGAGCUCGGUAAACUCAGAUGAUAUGGACACAUCAUUUGAUCCAGAGCCAUUAGAUUGGAGUGAUUUGGUUGAAAAGGAAGAAUCAGAUAUAAAUCAGUCUUUAGAAAAAGUUUCAUUGGAAAACACUCAAGAGACUAAGGCGAAAACUGAGAAACAAAACCAAUGGAUUAAAGUCCUGAACAGUAGCAAAGCCCAUAAAACUGUUCAGGCCAGGCUGAAGGCUGCUGCAAUAUCUCGUGAAGAGGACUUGGAAGUGACUUCUCCCUCCAACUCUAAUUAUCAUAUGUUGCCAUUGCAUUCAUAUUCUCCAUCAUCACCCUUACAAUCUCCCAAGGAGCAAAUAAGCGUAGGAAAACUUAGCACUGGGCCACCUAAUAGGCAGAUCAAUGAGAAUGUUUUGGAAAAUCAUUUUCCUCAACUGGGUUUUGUUGAUGGCACUAGAGGACACUCAAAAGUGAGUUUAGUUGCCAUGCCAUCGAAUGAGAAACGUCCUGGAAAAUUAUCUCAAAAACAACGCAAGAAAUUGGCAUUAGAAGAGGCUCCAUCAGCACCUGUACCAAUUAUUUCUCGAGGAUGGGAGAAGCGAGAGGAACUUAUGCCAGAAACUCCUCCGAGCUUGUCUUUAGCAGAUAUUAUGCAAGAGCAACUUAAAAAAACAAAAUUCAAUUCUUCCGCAACAACAAAUCCCAUCAAUAUAAAAAGAUCCCCAGCAGGCUUUUCUGGAUCUUCAUCCCAUCCAAUGAACAGUAGUUCUGGUUCACCUUGGAGUAGAGUGGAUGUUGCCAUGAGCCCUUCAACUCCACCUUCCUUGCCAGAUAUAACUUCCUGCGAUCCAAGUCCCAACAAGAAAGAGUCAGGACUUAAUUUUUCUGACAUAAUUGCUGAUGAAAUGAAACAGCGUGAGAACUGGACUCGCAUGAGGGCUAAGCCUCUUAAUCUGACACAGAUUGAAGACAGAGCCAUAGAGGAUCUCAUCAGUUUUUACAAUGCUAAUGAGUCAUGUGAGGAGCGCAUCACUGUUCGCAGAGUUCUGAGCACCAAAGUUGCUCGUCCUGUCUGGAUUACAUCAAAACACUAGCAAUGCACUAAAUGAGUUAUCAUUGUGCAUUUUCAAUAAUGUAUAAGGCUUGUGAACCACUUGGUAAAUCACUUACAUUUAUCAAUAAUUCAAUUUAACUAUA